AUGCCUGCCCCGAAACCGUCGCAGCAGCAUCAGCAGAAGGAGGUGGUGCCUCCUCCUUUUCCAAAACCACAGGAGCCCCAGAAUGUGGUGGUGACUCUUCCGAAACCGAAGCCGCAGCAGCAGCAGAAGGAGAUGCCUCCAACGAAGCCCCAACAGCAGCAGCAGAAUGUGGUGGUGACGCUGCCGAAACCGCAGCAGCAGCAGCAGCCUUUGAAGGAGAUGCCGCCUGCCCCGAAACCACAGCCGCAGUUAUCCUCGCCGUUCAGCUUCACCAACAGCCUCAGUGCAGCCUUGCAGAACAAUUCAGCUGGAAGCGGUGGUGGUGGUGGUAGUCUCUUUGGCACUGCGGCGCCCAAGACUGGUGGAAGCCUUUUCGGCAGUCCAGCGCCAGCAGCAGCAGCCACUGCUUUACCUGCCUUUGGAGCAUCGUCGGCCUUUGGUGGCGGCAGUGGUGGUUCGCUCUUUGGUCAGUCCUCGCAGAAGGAGGUGCAACUUCCGAAGCAACUACAGCAGCAGCAGAAUGAGGUGCCUUCCUCGAAACCAAAGGAGCUGCCUCCGCCGAAACCGCAGCAGCAGCAGCCACAGAAUGAGGUGCCCACCCCAAAACCACAGCUGCCGCCGAAUGAAGUUUCUGCAUCGAAACCACAGCAGCAGCAGCAGCCUUUGAAUGAUGAAGUGCCUUCCACGAAACCGCCGCAGCCGAAGUUAUCAUCGUCGUUCAGCUUCAACAGCAGCCUCAGUGCUGCCUUGCAGAACAAUUCUGCUGCUGGGG